AUGUUGAAAAUCAUAACUAUUUCUAACCCGAUGUUAACAUUGGUAAGCCUGUUAGGCCUUGCCUAUCAGGCGUCAGCGAAGGCUGUGUUUGCUCAUUACAUGAUGGCAAAUACAGCACAAUAUGACGUUCCGGACUGGAAGAAAGACAUUUCACUCGCUCAAGAAGCUCACAUUGACGCUUUUGCACUCAAUAUGGCAUACGGAAUGCCAACAAAUGAAAAGUCAGCUCAUGAUGCAUUUAACACAGCUGAACAGCUAGAAUUUCAACUUUUUUUCUCGUUUGACUAUGCUGGAAAUGGGUCAUGGCCGCAAUCGCAGGUCAUCCAGUACAUACAGAGAUACGCGUCGAGCUCUGCAUAUUACAAAUAUAAAGGAAGAGCUUUUGUGUCCACAUUUGAAGGGCCCGAGAAUGCUGAUGACUGGAUUUCUAUCAAGAAUCAAACAAAUUGCUUUCUUGUUCCAGACUGGUCCUCUGUCGGAGCCACCACCGCUCUGAAGCUCGCUAAUGGCGUUGUCGAUGGUUUAUUCUCGUGGGCAGCUUGGCCAACAGACUCAAAGCAAAUGAAUACAUAUGUCGAUGCAUCGUACAUCGAGUGCCUGCGAGAAGCUCAAAAGCCAUACAUGAUGCCAGUGUCCCCAUGGUUUUAUACGAAUAUGCCGGGGUAUCAUAAGAACUGGGCAGUGCACGGUGGUGACCUGUGGUACGAUCGAUGGGUGGAGAUCUCCUUUCUUCAGCCAGAAUGGGUCGAAGUGAUAUCAUGGAACGACUUUGGUGAAUCACAUUACAUAGGGCCACUCAAUGAAAAGGGAUAUGGAGUUUUUACCUCAGGAAAGGCGCCUUAUAAUUACGCCCGUGGCAUGCCGCAUGAUGGUUGGCGGCUUCAUCUUCCCUAUGUGAUUGAUUUCUACAGAUCAGGAACAACCAACAUGACCGAGGAAAGCUUGGUUGCCUGGUAUCGAACAGAAAUUGGCACCUCGUGCUCAGGUGGAAAUACCACAGCUUUUACAUCCACCGAUCUGCAAAUCAACACAACUGAUGUCGACAAGGCGAUUUGGGAUCGGAUCUUUUUUUCGGCACUGCUAGCAUCUAACGCCUCGGUGAAAGUAAACAUCGGUGGACAUGAUUAUGAUGCUGAGUGGGAAUACGAGCCUGACGGUGGAGUUGGAAUCUACCAUGGCAACUUUGGUCUAGGCUCUGAACACCUCGGAGAAACGAUCGUCAUUAUCAAUCGUGAAGGUAAAGAGGCGGUACGUGUUGACGGCCGUUCAUUAACCGCGAAUUGCACAAGUGGAUUCAUAAAUUUCAAUGCAUGGGUUGGUAGUGCGACCUCAGGAAACAACAUGUCUGCUGUUUCACCUGAUUUAACACGAUCUGAUCAAGUUUGCAUCGCCGGCUCUGGAACAUCAAAUUACACUCACAUUUGCGAAUUCACCUGUCAAUAUGGCUAUUGCCCGCUUGAUACAUGUUACUGUACUGCAAUGGGCGGUGCGAAAAAGAAACCAAAGGCCGCGAAGAAGAAAGGGGAGCCCAAUCAUGGGAAUGAUAGUUUUGCUGGGCUGUGCUCUUUUGGGUGCUAUUAUGGAUUCUGCCCUAAGGAUGUUUGUACUUCAACUAAUGAGCCAUCUGAUACGCCACCACCUACUACCCCGUCAUGUCUUUCGGGGAGCCACCAUGGUCAUGAUUCUAGUUGUAGUCAUACUAAGAGCCAAGGAUCAAAAAACACUUCACUUUUUGUUGGAUUGCUUGCGCAGUUGUCUGCUGUGAUAUACAUUGGAUGUGCAUUGGUCGCUUGUUACCUUGUCUCUGCGAUGGAGCAUUGA